AUGUCUUGGUUCAGAAGAAAUACUACAAAACAAACAAUAGCAAAAAUGAAUGAACAAAUUAAAACUAUGGAAAAAAAAGAAGAAUAUGAUAGAAAAAGAAUGGAGAUGGAACUUGAAAAAGCAAAAGAAUGUAUGAAAAAGGGAGAUAAGACAGGAGCUGCUCAACAUUUAAGAAAGAAAAAGAUGCACGAAAAAAAUAUGAACGAGACUAUUAAUUUAAGAAUGAAUUUAGAAAGUCAAAUUCUUGAAAUGGAAAGUGCUAAAGUUAAAGUUGAUACCGCUAGGUCUUUUGCUGCAGCUAAUAAAGAAAUGACAAAAAUCAAUAAGGAAAUGGAUGCAGGAAAGAUUGAAAAGACAAUGGAUGAAUUACGUGAAAAUAACGAAAAGUCUCAUGAGAUUGGUGAUCUUUUAGGUGAAGACUUACAAGACAUUGACCAAGGAGAAUUAGAAGAUGACUUGGCUGAAUUAGAAGAUCAAGUUCUUGACGAACAAGAAGAUGAAUUAGCGGAAUUAGAACAAGACCUUCCAGCACCAAAAGCGAAAGUUACUAAACAAAAAGUAACAAAGAAAACUUUAACUCAAGAAGAAGAAGAUGAAUUAGCUGAACUUAUGUAA